AUGGUCAACUACGGAGACAAGAUGCUCAAUGACAAAUUCGACGGCACGAAAGGCUUUGCGAUAGACGGAGGCAUCAAAGACGCUUCACACAUCCGCCGCCUUACAUCUGAACAUAAUGCGCCGAUGCCCACCAUAGACGCAGCGCACAGGAAUCUACUCACCGCCCGCGCGCUCCACAACGCGCAGGCGCGCACAGGUACUACUCAGUACCCCGUCCUUGACUGGUCCGCGAUUGUCGCAGGUACUAGGACAGCGGCUGGCAUGAACGGGCUGGAUACGAAGAAGGACGUAUGUCGUGUCUCACCUGCCUUUCUUGCUGGUUCUGCUCGCUCACUUGCGUCUUAG